CAAAUAAACAUGGCGGCUUCCAGUUUCGAGUGGCCUUGGGAGUAUAACUUUCCACCGUUUUUCACGUUACAGCCUAAUCUUGACACCCGCGAGAAACAGUUGCAGUCCUGGUGCAGCCUGAUUCUGUCUUAUCAGAAACACAUCAAGUCUCACACUCUGGAUGUGGUAGAGAUGCAGACCAGUUCACUAUUUUAUAACAAAAGUAUAGAAAGAAAAUUAAGUUUAGAAAGUAUAUAUUUAAUUUUAGACAGAUUAGAAAAAAAAGGCCACAUUGAAUGGUUGGACAAAAGUAAAAAGCAAUGCUACCUCAUGUGGAGAACACCACAGGAAUGGGGCAAUACAAUCUACAAAUGGGCGAAGGAAGCAGGCCUGGUGAACACAGUGUGCACAUUCUAUGAGUUGACUGAUGGGGAUGACACGGCUGGGCAAGAAUUCCAUGGACUGGAGCCCGACCUUCUGGUGAAAGCACUCAAGGUUUUAGAAUCACAAGGAAAGGCAGAAAUUAUUGAGAUGGACGAGAGCCGAGGAGUGAAGUUCUUUUAAUGUACGUGCCAAAACUGCGACACGAAGACAUUCUCGAAUAAGAAAGUUCGCUGUAUCUAUUAUGCAAUGGCAGUAAUAAUACCUGGUGAACAGGAUGUAAAUGACCUGCGCCAGGGUGGCAGGAAAAAGCGUGCUCAAGGAGGAAGGGUGCAUAAAGCACCCGUUUAAUGAUUUAAGUAGCACGAAAAGAAAUUAUGAAACUGCAGCUUCCUUAUUUUCAUGCACAUUGAGAUAGGCACGUGGCACGUGUACUCUUUACUCGCGACACGGCCAUAUGUGAAUGCUGCUGUGCUGUAUGUGCCACUGAUUAUGAAAACGUAUUUUCAAUACAAAUUGAGUGGACACUUGCUUUUACCUUUACAACACAUGUCGUGGUUUCUCACGAGCUUACCGGUAUUACAUGAUAACUAACGAAUAUAAUCAAAGUAAGGAAAAGCAGUGUUAAUGUCACCGAUUAAAUAAACGUGCAGAAUUUUUGAAUAAUUUUUAGUAUAAAACACGAAGCUUAAGUUGUUCAGGAAAAUAUUGUAUCUGGUCAUUACAAAGGUGCAACAAGAAAAGUGCACACGAACGCGCUUGUAAUAUUUUUAUGCAGAAUAAAUCAAGUAAAAUUGA